AAAUUGUGAAGUCUCAUGCGAAGAUGCCUGAUAUCAGAGACGAAAUCAAAGAAAUUGCUGAUUUAGGAAAGUCAUUACCUGGAGAGGGAUUCGAUGAUAUGAAUGAGGACGAUAUAAAUCAGCUAUUUGAAUCGCAUAAUGUUGAACUCACUGAAAGAGAACUCAUAGAACUGACGGAGAACAAUUAUGAAGCUCAAGAAAAAGGUGAAGAUGAUGAAGUAGUCCCGGCACCAAAGGAGUUGACGUUGAAAACGCUUAAUAAAUGUUUUACCAUGGCACACGAUCUCACCGAGCUGUUAAUCAGGGAAGAUCCUACAAGGAAAGAAGUUUAA